AUGCCUGGGAAAACGCCCACAGAUGCAGCUGUCAUCCCUAGUGCCAAAAGGGAACGGAAAGCGAUUACCCUUGACCUCAAAUUGGAAGUGUUACGACGAUUUGAAGCGGGUGAGAAGCUCAGUCAGAUCGCAAAGGCCUUAGAUCUUGCAUCUACAGUGGCGACCAUUCGAGAUAGUAAAGAAAAAAUGAAAGCGAGUUCGCGAAUAGCUACUCCUUUGAGAGCCUCUCGGUUGACUCGCCAUCGAAGUGCAGUGAUGGAGAGUAUGGAGCGGCUGCUGAGCUUGUGGCUGGAAGACCAGAGCCAGCCAAAUGCGCCCUUGAGCGCCGCCAUCGUUCAGAAGAAGGCUGAGUUUGAUGACUUACAGCGUGAACAUGGCGAAGGUUCUCAAACGGACAGGUUUCAUGCAAGUAAAGGGUGGCUUGUGAGAUUCAAGGAGCGCCACUGUUUGCCCCACUUCAAGAUGAACAGCGCAGCUCCCAGCAACAAGGACAUGUACACAGAAAUUCUGAAAAGCAUCAUCGAAGAAGGUAAGUACACCCCCCGGGUGUCUUUAACGUAGAUGAGACAGGACUUGAUUGGAAGAGAAUGCCCGAAGGAACGUCUAUUUCCGAGGAAGAGAAUGCUGAGCCAAGGUUUAAGUCAUCCAAAGAUCGCUUGAUGCUGCUGCUUGGUGGCAGUGCAGCUGGGGACUUUAAGUUGAAGCCCUUACUGGUGUACCGCUCGGAAACCCGCAAGGCUCUGAAGAGUACUUGAAGCCCAGUUUGCCCGUGAUUUGGCGCUCCAACAGAAAGGCUUGGGUGACCAGGAGCAUCUUUCAUGAAUGGUUCACUUACUUUUUUUGCCGUUGAAAAAUACUGUGCCCAAAAUAAUCUCACCAACAAAGCAUUGCUCAUGCUAGACAGUGCGUCAUGCCACCCUGUAAAUUUGAGCGAUCUUUCUGAUAACUAAGAGUAGAAUACCUUCAGGCCGGGCGCGGUGGCUCACGCCUGUAAUCCCAGCACUUUGGGAGGCUGAGACGGGCGGAUCACCUGAGGUCAGGAGUUCGAGACCAGCCUCAACAUGGAGAAACCCCGUCUCUACUAAAAAUACAAAAUUAGCCGGGCGUGGUGGUGCAGGCCUGUAAUCCCAGCUACUCGGGAGGCUGAGGCAGGAGAAUUGCUUGAACCUGGGAGGCAGAGGUUGUGGUGAGCCGAGAUCGCGCCAUUGCACUCCAUCUUGGACAACAAGAGCGAAACUCCGUCUCAAAAAAUAAAAAUAAAAAAGAGUACAACAAAAGUAGAAUACCUUCAUGACAGUACAACUGACUCAAUCCAGCCCAUGUGUCAAGGUGUAGCCUCUACCUUCAAAGCUCAUUAUCUGAGAGGGACUUUUGAGCACAUCCUAGAAGCAACAGAUGGUGAGGAUACAGCUAUGAUCAGGGAAUUUUGGAGAAACUACAGCAUCAUGGAUCCUGUGGACAUGGCCAUCACAUGGGAGGAGCUCAAACCAGCACUAAUGAACAGCGUGUGGAAGAAGAUUUGGCCUGAGUGUGUUCAGGCGCAGCGUUUUUCCCAGGCAGAUAACAUUGCACAGCUUCAAAAAAACAUUGUGACCCUUGCCAGAAAUGUGGCCUUUGAAGAGGUUGCUGAGGCUGCUGUGGACCAGUUGCUGCAGUCCCAUGAAGAAGAUCUCUCAAAUGAGGAACUGAUGCGGCUGGAACAGGAGCCGGCAGUGGGGGAGGAGGAGAGGGAAGAUGGUCCCUGGGCUCUGUGGCAGCUAACCACAGGAAGACUGUCGGCAGCCCUCUCACGUUUUGAGGCUGGCUUGCAGGUCCUUGCUAGUAACAGCCCUAAUGAUGACUGGAAACUGAGAGGUUCCAGAGCAAUCAAUGAUGCAAUAAACUGCUACCAGGAGCUGUACAAUGAGAAAAAGCGCCACUCAAAACAACUCUCUUAGGUCAUUUUUCAAUGUGUGUAACCAAGUUAAUCAGAAUAAAGCAGAAGCACCAUGAUGACCUCAACAGUGGAGGCCCAGCCAGGCCUCCCUGCUCUGUGGUGUUGGACAUCCCUGGAAACCUUGCUGUUGGUAUUUCCAUUUUGAUACUUGAGAGCAUCAAAUUUUGUCAUUAAAAUGUUUUUUAAAUA